AUGAGGGCGUGCAAGGGGAAAAUAAGGGCGUUCGAGAGGGAGAAACGAGGGCGUGCAGGGGGGGGAAACGAGGGCGUGCAGGGGGGGGAAACGAGGGCGUGCAAGGGGGGAAAUGAAGGCGUGAAAGGGGGGGAUGAGGCGUGCAAGGGGGAAAUGAGGGCGUUCGAGGGGGAGAAACGAGGGCGUGCAGGGGGGGAAAUAAGGGCGUGCAGGGGAAAUGAGGGCGUGCUCGGAAGGGGAGUAAAGGCGUGGCGGGAAGGGGAGAAGGCGUGGCGGGAAGGGGGGAUGACGUGGCGAGAAGGGGGGAUGGAGUGGCGGGAAGGGGAGAUGACGUGGCGGGAAGGGGAGAUUUUCGUGGCGGGAAGGGGAGAUGGCGUGGCGAGAAGGGGGGAUGACGUGGCGAAAGGGGGGAUGGAGUGGCGGGAAGGGGAGAUGACGUGGCGGGAAGAGGAGUUUUCGUGGCGGGAAGGGGAGAUGGCGUGGCGGUGGUCGCGAUGGGGCCGCGUGAGGAGACGUAGAGCCCAGUCCGAUGAUGGCCUUGCGGUGAGGUAG